AUGUUCCUGCUGUUUCUAGGCUUACUGGCCCUGAUCUACUUCGGGUGGAGUAUGGUUAUGAUGGAGAUUAACUAUCGCCGGGCGUCCGCUAUGGGCAUUCCCGUCGUGCGUUUGUGCAUUGACUCCCAGAACUUACUUUGGAUGAUUCUCGAGCCCCAUGUGUGGCCAUUGCUCGACAAGUUGUCUUUCACCUUUGGCAGCUUCGGGCGUUAUUCGCGUCGAGGGUGGUUUUUUCUUGAUCGAGGAGAUUCAGAUCGUCGCUAUGGACCGAUUUGGGCUCUUGCCACUCCGCGUGAGAUCACCGUUAUUGUGGCUGAAUCUGAGGCUAUCCACAACAUUUUUCAAAGACGAAUGGACUUUGUUCGUCCAAGCAUCAUGUAUAAGGUGUUAGAAGUCUAUGGUCCCUGUAUCUCCACAGCUAAUGGACCGGACUGGGCACGCCAUCGAAAGAUCGUGGCGGCUCCAUUCAACGAAGGCAUCAUGUCUUAUACAUGGGACGAAAGUGUCGAGCAAGCUUGCCAAAUGCUCGAUGUAUGGGCUGGUGAGGAGUCGAGCGAGAUCAGCAGCGUCCCAAGGGAUACACGCACGGUGUCAUUAAACGUUCUGGCUGCAACUGGAUUUCGCAAAUCGUACCCUUUCCGCAAUGCCCAUGAUCAGAGUGGCCCAGCCAACUACCGUGACUCCUUGCAAACUAUUCUCGACAAUGCAAUUUUAUUGAUGGUUGCCCCACGAAAUAUUCUAUGUCUGCCGUUUGCGCCAAAAGGGUGGAAAAGACUUGGCAAGGCAGCCAAGGAUUUUAAAAAUCACAUGGUUACGAUGCUCAAUGACGAGACCAAGGCCUUGAAUGAAGGAAAGCCUGGUUCCGGAAGUCUAAUGACGACUUUAGUACGAGCCAUGGAUAUCGAGAACAAGAGUCCCAAAAGCGAGAUGUCUGGUGCGUCAUCCAAAGGACUCUCUAUUGAUGAGAUUUUUGGUAAUAUCUUUGUGAUCAACUUUGCUGGUCACGAUACGACGGCCAACACCCUGAGUUUUGCGAUAUUACUCUUGUCUGCGUACCCAGAGGUGCAAGAUUGGGUAGCAGAAGAGCUGCAAUCAAUCCCGGAAAAUACCAAGGGACAUUAUUCCGAUAUAUUUCCCAAGCUUAAUCGAUGCAGAGCGAUUAUGCUCGAAACUCUCCGACUCUUCCCGCCAGUUCCAUCUCUCCCGAAGUUGACAUACGGCUCUCCCCAAUCUCUAAAAGUGAAAGACAAGACCAUAGUGAUCCCUCAAAAUUCCGGACUGCUCAUCAACCUCAUCAAUACCCACAUAAGCUCAAACUACUGGGUUGAUCCAUUCUCCUGGAAGCCAGCACGAUGGAUCACAACCUCAUCUGCAUCCGAGUCUGACGCAGCGCUCUUGCUAGAAACUGGGCGAAUCCUUACUCCGAAGUUGGGAUCAACUGCACCAGCUGAUGAGCGGAUUGUCACCCCGGCACGGUGCACCUAUUUUCCCUGGGCUGAUGGCGGGCACAGCUGUCCUGGUAACAAGUUCUCCCAGGUAGAAUUUGUGGCAGUCAUGGCCAAGGUGUUACGUUACCAUCGCGUGCGCGCUAUUCCUAAACCAGGAGAAACGUGUGGGCAGACUCGUGGCAGAAUUCUAGCUACCACUCAAGAUGUCGAUCUCCAGCUGCUUUUGCGGAUGAGAGAUGCUGAUCAAGUGCGGUUAUCGUGUGUACGGGUCUGA